CCCAGCGAGGUGAGCUCCCCCGCGGGGACCCGGGGUCCCAGGGUCCCAGGCCGGUGGCCAUGGUUGCGCUGCGACGGACAUGAGGGCCAGGUCCGGCUCUUCCUCGGCCUCCGAGGACCCGAGCAGAUAAAACUCAUCAACGCCUUGAAAACAAACAGCUUUCAGCCAAAGGAGUCAUUUGAUACUUACCUAUAUAAAGCAAACCUUAGGUCUUUAAAGGCAAUGGUGAAAGAAAAGAAAAGAGCAGAUAAAAAAGAGGAUAAGUUGGCCUGCUCUCCCUCAUCUCUCUCCGAUUAUACAGAGUUUUCCAAACAAGAUGGCAACGCUGCUAGGCAAGAUAUGUCCCCAGGCGCUGUGCCACCGUUGGACAUGCAGCUCAAAGAACCAGGACUCAAGAGAGAGUGCAAAAAUGAUGAUCUGCUGAAUGAAGAUACCACCCUGUAUGAAGAGCCCAUUCUGACUAAACUCAUAGUAGAAAGCUAUGAAGGGGAAAAAGUCCGUGGACUGUAUGAGGGAGAAGGCUUUGCCAUCUUUCAAGGAGGCUGUACCUACCACGGUACGUUUUCAGAAGGACUCAUGCAUGGACGGGGGACUUACGUCUGGGCUGAUGGAUUGAAAUACGAGGGGGACUUUGUGAAAAACAUCCCCAUGAACCAUGGCGUCUACACGUGGCCAGACGGCAGCACCUACGAAGGAGAAGUGGUCAAUGGCAUAAGACACGGAUUCGGCCUGUUCAAGUGCAGCACACACCCUGUGUCCUACAUCGGCCACUGGUGCCAUGGCAAGAGACACGGCAAGGGCUCCAUUUAUUACAAUCAAGAGGGCACCUCUUGGUACGAGGGAGACUGGGUGCACAACAUCAAAAAGGGCUGGGGGAUAAGGUGUUACAAAUCUGGAAAUGUAUAUGAAGGUCAGUGGGAGAACAGUAUGCGUCAUGGGGAAGGCAGGAUGAGGUGGCUGACAGCUAAUGAAGAGUACACCGGUCAGUGGGAAAAGGGGGUCCAGAAUGGUUUUGGCGCACACACAUGGUUUCUAAAGAGAAUCCCCUACUCCCAGUAUCCUUUGAGAAAUGAAUAUGUAGGAGAGUUUGUGAAUGGAUACCGUCAUGGCCAUGGAAAGUUCUACUAUGCCAGUGGAGCCAUGUAUGAGGGAGAAUGGGUUGCCAAUAAAAAACAUGGCAUGGGCCGAUUAACUUUUAAGAAUGGGCGUGUGUAUGAUGGCCCAUUUUCCAAUGACCACAUAGCAGAGUUUCCAAAUCUUGAAGGUGAACUGAUCAGCUACCUGGACAUGACUCCAGAAUCUGCCCUCAGGAACCAGUAUUGCAGAUCUUCCAUCAGUGCCGAAAUCAUCAGAAAGCUUGAUGGCAGUGAAAGUAAUUCCAUGUUAGGCUCGAGCAUCGAGCUGGAUCUCAGUUUGUUGCUGAAAAUGUACCCGGAGAGAGACCAAUCAGAAGAAAAGAAGCAGGUGGAACAUGCUAUCUUAAGAAAUAUUACAGAAUUAAGAAGAAUCUAUAGCUUUUACAGCAGCCUAGGAUGUGAUCACUCUCUGGAUAACACCUUUCUGAUGACAAAGCUUCACUUCUGGAGGUUUCUAAAAGAUUGCAAAUUCCAUCAUCAUAAAAUAACCCUCGCCGAGAUGGACAGGGUUCUAAGUGCCAAUAAGGACAUACCAGUUGAAGAAAUUCAUUCUCCAUUUACAACAAUACUUUUGAGAACAUUUUUGAAUUAUCUCCUGCAGUUGGCUUACCACAUCCAUCACAAAGAAUACCAAGACAGAAGCCCAUCACUCUUUCUGUGUUUUACAAAACUGAUGAAUGAGAACAUUCGCCCAAAUGCCUGCCGUGUAAAAGGCAAUUUAUUCUGCGAGGCCCACCGGACACUCUAUUCAAUGAAUUAUGUGGAGAAGUGCUGGGAGAUCUACACAGUUUACUGCAGACCAAAUGCAGCCCCUCCCCAUGAGCUCACAAUGGACAUGAGACACUUCCUCUGGAUGUUGAAGAGCUUUAAAAUGAUAAAUAAAGAAUUAACAGCAAGCAAAUUUGUGGAGGUCAUAGCAGAGGAUAAUCCUUUCAUGCAUGAUGGAAUUGACAGCAACUUUAAACUUGAGCUGGUUUUCCUGGAAUUCUUUGAAGCUCUGUUAAGCUUCGCACUCAUCUCUGUUACUAACCAAUCGACUAAAUUCUAUUUAAAUUUUCCAAAUGAUGACUUGUCUGGAAACGAAGCUGGAAGCACUUAUACAAUGAUAAAUCAGAACACCCAGAACAGGAGUCCAAGUGCGCUAAGAAGCCAGGAAUCUGAGGUGCAGUACGGCAGCGCUAAGUCGUCUUCAAGCAAGUUAGGAGUCUUGCUUGACACAAGCAAGAUAAGGAAAUCAGAGAAAAAGCCCAAGAUCAAGAAGUCUCUAAGUGAUGGAAAAGCUUCCAAAAUGAAUUUUAAAUCCCCAGGAAAGGAGCUAACCUGUCUUUUAUCUCAAAAUGAGAAAAAAGAAAAAUCCAAGGAUGAACAAAAGGAAAAAUUCAAUACAUGGAUCAGUAACAUGUACAUCUUUUUUGUGAACACUCUCUUCCAAGCACAUAAACAUGAAGAAACCCUUAAGGAGAAAGUAAAGGAAAUCAGGCUACAUAAUGAAGCAAUGGCCCUUCAGAGGAAGGUGGAGAAUGAGGAGCUGGAGGCAAGGCUGAACAGCUUGAGAGAGGAAGAGACCAAAAGGCAAGACUAUGAGGUCGCCAUCACUGUGAUCAAGGAACCAGUGGAUGCCACAUCCUUGAAUUUCACGCUGAGCCUCCUGAAAGACGACACAGUGGUGUCCCAGUCCACCAAAUCCACUGCAAAUAAGAAAAAGAAAAAGUAGACGUCACUGGGUUUGUAAAUGAGCCACGAGAACAAGCAGGUGUGAAGGGAAUUUAGAACCAAAGCCUGUAACAAAUUUCC